CUCAAUUGCUUUCACAACCAAGUCAUGGACGCCAAAUUGUCCAAACUUUCGCGACUCAAAACAGUGGGUCGAGACCGGCAUUAUUUCAAAAGUCGUUGAAACAUUAAGUACCCUCCCCGACUUUUCCUCUCGACUUUAAAAGGCCACCCCUUUUUGCUCGACUAAUACCCACACAAAAAGUAAAAAAUGGAGCUCAUCACAAGAAGCUUGGCAGCACUGCUGCUUCUAAUCUUAGUAGCCAUCAGUAGCUCUCCUGCUUCAGUACUGGCUCGCAAUCCACUGAAGCAGCAGCAGCAGCAGCCUGCUUCACCAGGCGUUCCCUACUUCCCGUACUACUACUUAUACCCACCGCCGCCACCGUUUGCCAAAAGCCGCCUUCAGAAGAAAGGGAAGAAGAACCCUCCUCCGCCGAACCCUAUUGUUCCUUACUUCCCUUACCUUGCUACUCCCCCGCCGCCGCCAGUUUAUGGGCCUCCAAGGAAAGAGGGGCCGCCGCCCAAGACGGGGAAGGAGCCCUUCCACUAAGCCGGCCGCCACGACGUUCGGUUGUUACCUGGCAACUUCCCCUACGUACCCUCAGACGCCUCCCCCACCGUUAUAAUUGUAUCAAAUAAUUGUCAGCUUUCCCGUACGUACCUCAUAUUGUGAACUUGUGUUGCCGUUCUCGUGUCUGUUUUUCGUGAUGGAUGAAGCUGGGGACUUCAUUGAGUCGAUAUACGAUCUCUAAGUUGUAGCAGUACUGGAUGAAGUGAUUUCUUACGAAUAAGAACAUAUACAAUGG